CCAACAGGUAAUUAUAUCAGAACCCGCGAUGGCUCUUCGAGACGUUGACCCUGCGCCUCGCUCUCUUCUCGCGCACCACACUCUCGCAAAACCCAUAAACACUAGAUAUUCACUGUUCAGCGCUCUUUCGCUCUCUCUCGCCUGAAGCGGUCACUUCAGGAUAUUUGUCGGCGAUCUCUUCUCCUUCUUAGUAACUAUGGGCAGCAGUCCAGCACCAUUUUCAGAUAUUGGAAAGAGAGCAAAAGAUCUCUUGACCAAAGAUUACAACUUUGACCAGAAGUUUACUCUGUCGGUGGUUGGCUCCACUGGGCUGGGACUUACAGCUAAUGGUUUGAAGAGGGAUCAAAUUUUUGUUGGUGACAUAAAUACCCUGUACAAGAGUGGAAACACUACUGUAGAUGUGAAAGUUGAUAGUUAUUCUAAUGUGUCUACAAAAGUGACUGUGAGUGAUAUCUUGCCGAGCACGAAAGCAGUGUUUAGCUUCAGAAUACCAGAUCACAAAUCUGGCAAGCUGGACGUGCAGUACCUUCAUCCUCAUGCAGCCUUUGAUUCCAGCAUAGGCCUGAACCCAACCCCUCUUUUGGAACUGUCGGCAACAAUUGGAAGUAAGGAUCUUAGUUUGGGUGGUGAAAUUGGAUUUGACACAGCAUCCUCUUUGUUGACCAAAUACAAUGCUGGGAUCAGCUUUAACAAGCCAGAUUUCUCUGCAGCGCUUUUGCUGACGGACAAAGGACAGACAUUGAAGGCAUCUUACAUUCAUGCUGUUGACUCCUGCAAUGGAACUGCAGUUGCUGCCGAACUGACCCAUAGAUUUUCCACCUUCGAGAACAGCUUUACCCUUGGAAGCUCUCAUGUAAUCGAUCCAUUCAAUGUGGUAAAAACACGAUUCUCUGAUAAUGGGAAAGCUGGUGUGCUAUGGCAACGUGAAUGGAGACCAAAGUCACUAGUAACUGUCUCAGCUGAGUAUGACUCAAAGGCACUUAAUUCAUCCCCAAAGAUAGGUCUUGCUCUCGCGCUCAAGCCUUGAUAUCUUUCCAUGCAAAUUGGAAUACCUUUGAGCUUGUUACAUUCUUUCCCAUGAAGCCAACAAGUAUCAUUUGCUAGCCAAAUUAUAUUGGACAACUACGGAUUUGGUGUAUCGAUAAAAAUGUUUUACAAGCAUUGUUUGGGAGAUGGACCCAGUUUUGGAAUUUUCACAAUGCCUAAGCUGCGGAAAUUUCAGCCGCUGGCACGUAUAAAUUAUGAUUUUUUGUAUUAAUGAAAUUAAUGCCCAAGGUGCUUAUUUGCUUUGUCA